AUGUACUUUUAGGUUGUUAUUAUAUUUGCUAUAUAGUAAGAUUUUCAAGAUAUAUUAGUUUUCAUUUGGGAAUUAGUAAUUGUGUUUUUGAUAUUAUCACAACACCAGAUACAGAAUAAAGGAUUAUUUAAUCAGACCUCACAAAUUUCGGAACAAAAAGUCAUGGAUGGGGAGUUUGGACAAAAUAUGAACCUGGAUAUGGGAAUCCAGAACAAUUAAGUUAAACAAUAUCAAAUAUGCAUGUGUUAACAGAAAAAUAUACAGAAAGAAUUAUUUUAUCAUAUUUUAUUGAAGUAGAUAGAGAGAAAUUGAUAUUUUCUCAUCGAUUAUUAAUAUAGCAUGGAGGAGUGUUGUAAAUUAGAGAGUUAAAAGUAGAUACAGCAACAGUUAACAAAAAAUGGGUUUUUUUCUAUUUUUGUUUCAAGGAGGCUUUAAAAUCUUUCAGCACGUUCUUAUAUGUCGAAAAUGAUACAUUUCAUGUAAGUAUGUCAGCGGGCGGACCUUACGAUGUAGAUGACUUGCUUAAAGAAUAUUAUUUAGGAUAAACAAUUAAGGUAAUUAUUUUUAGGAUAAAAAUAGUUAAUAAAUCCAUUUGAUGAAUCGAUAAAUUAUAAUUUAUGCGUGUUUAUUGGAUUGAUUAGUGAUAUCGAUUUAAGAUUUGGGGAAUCCAGCUAUUAUGGUGAUAUUUAUUCUUUCCUUGACAAUAUUGAAUCAACUGAGUGUGUGAGGAAAUUUGAGUGUUUAGGCCAAAAUAAAAUAAUCAGUUUUGAAAAUGCAAUUUUUAAUGAUAAAAGUGCUCGUAUACUAACAAAUUUAAAAUACGAAAACUCUCGCUUCCUAAUUAGCGGAUGGGUAAGAGUCACUCAGGUUCCAUAAUAUCAAUAGAGAAAAUUAACACUAUUUAGAAUGUCUUUGAUGAAAAAAUACUAAGAUGAUAUGUAUUAUGGAGAUAAAGCUUUGUUAUGGUAAUAUUUGCUAAACUCAGAUUAACCAGAUUUAUCAGGAUUGAUUGUGACUACUUAUCAUGAGAACAACCCUUUCAUCCCUUAUACAACCAAUUAUAAUGAUAUGAUAAGUUAUUUGAGUUCAUUUUAUAGCAAGGCAGUCACCGAAUGGCAUUGGUUUAUUUAUGAAGAAGGAAGAAGUGGAAUUAAUAAUAUUUAGAGUACAAUUUAUUGGGGAAAUGGAGGUAGCAAUAAAAGAACAGAUGUAAUUUAGUUAUAAAAAAUUCACUUGCUGGAAACAUCAUUUUAUAUGACUUUAGGAGGAGAUAUGUUCUAUUAUUUUGAUGGCCAAAUCUAAUAGAUGGAGUUUCAAUAUUGCCAUAACAGUGAUAUCGAAUAUUUUAUAAGUAUGGAAAUUUCAUGCAUUAUAGAAUGUCACUAUAGUUGCUUGAGUUGUUUUGGCCCUUCAGAAACUCAUUGCAUAACCUGUCCAGAUGAAGAAUCUACAAACCGAGUGUACAAUCCAGGUCAAAGUAGCUGUGGAUGUAGAGCCUCUUACUUAGAGAAUGAAAAUACUCAAUGUGUUAGUAAUGAAAUCAAUAUUACUUUUAGAAAGCCUAUAAUACUUUUAAGACAUUACUAUUUUGGAAAGUGAAGAUUCUGAUUCUUUUGCCUGUGGUUUAGGUUAGUUUUAUAUAUAGUUUGGGCAAGUAACAUAUUGUGCUGAUUGUCCAGGCAAUAAGGAGCCAGAUUUUAUUAAUAAAAGGAAAUUAUUAUGUGUUGAUUGUAUGAAUUAAUAGAAGACAUGGUAUUCAAAUCCAAUUUGCACAGAAGACUAUGAAUAACUAAUUUAAAGCUCAACAAGCGCUUAUUAAAAGUAGGCCAGAAAACCAAUAGAAUAUGAAUAUUUCCUAAUAAAUUUCAAUUCUAAUAUGGAUAAAAUAGAGAUCGAGCUUUGUUAAGGUUGCUUAGGUGAAACAACUGCAAAUUCUGAUUAUAUUGUCAGACUAAAUUUUGAGAAAGAAAUAAAAGUUAAAUGCAAAACAUGUUAUUAAAUUAUUAAUGGAGAAUGCAUAUAUAUCAACAGUAAUUGCGAUUCUUGUGACUCAGAUUAAUGUAUAUCUUGCUCAUAAGGUUACACUCUCUAUUAAAAUUAUUGUUACAAAUGUCCCACUAUAUGUCCUCAGGAUUGUAUAUAUAAUGGAUUGAAAUUGGGUUGUUUAAAAUGUGAAAUAGGUUAUUACUUAGAUACUGUAAAUAAUGAAUGUCUGUAAUGUGGGGCUAAUUGUAUUAUAUGUUAACCAGGAAUACCAAUAGAUGGAGAUUUCAUUUAAAUGUAGUGUUUUAAAUGUAUUGAUAACAAAGAAUUUUUUAUUGACGCUGAUCAUAUUAAUUGCAAGCCAAAAACUAUGCCUCAUUGCAUUUAUUAAUAUCAAGAAUUCUAUCAUCGUUCUGUUAUUUAGAAUGAUACUCAUAAAUUUAAUUUUUAAACAAGUUGGGAUUUCAAUUUUUCUAAGCCUUCUUCAUAUUAUUAAGACAGAUGCGCACUAUGUGAAAAAGGUUAUCUGUAUAACUUUUAUGAAUAUGAUUGGGGCAAAGAUAAAUGUAUGUUAGAGUCAGAAAUUACUGAUAUAGAAAUCCCAAAAUUUAAUUCUCUUUAAAUUGCUCCAGAACCUGAAGAUGAUCAUUUCUAAAUAAUGUUGUUUCAUGAACUAUCAUCAUCUCUGGGGUAAAUCGUGAGGUUUAUUAUGUCUCUAGGGGAUUAUAUGACCGCAACUGUAGAUGAAAAAGUGUUUAAUGUCACUGUAAUGUGUAAUAUAGAUAGAAAGGUCAAAAAAAGCUUAGACGCAACACCUUAAUAUGAGAAAGAUUUAUUAUCAGAAUGUUCUAAAAGAAAUUGCAGAUAUUGUAUCAAAAAUUAUGUUUGGUUUAAUGAAUACUGUAUGCUGUGCAAUCAAGGUUAUUAUGCUGAAUUUCAUUCAGGUUAAUGUUACUUAUGUUAGGCUAAGUUACAUUGUAAAACAUGUCAAAUGUAACAUAAAGUUUAUAAAGAUGGAUGGAAAUGGGAAAUUAGGGCAUAUUACCGUGCAAGAACUUGCGCAGAGUAUUGCUUUAGCAAUUUUAAUUUUAAGUGUGCCACAACUAAUGUAGAUGAUUAUGAAGUCUAUUGUACAUCAUGUGAAGAAGGAUAUGAACUCUAUAAUGAAAAAUGCAUCCCAAAAUGCAGUUGUUCCAAAUGUAUUAUACAAAAUGAUCUAUAUGUUUGUGUCGAAUGUCCCUCAUCCUUAAUAAAUACCAAUUAACCUAUUUAAACCUUGAUCAAUAAUCAAUGCACAGACUGCCCUGCUAAUUGUGUCUUAUGUAGAGAAUUAAAUUAUGAUGAAAUUAGAUAAAUCAACCCUUACUUUAAUCCGGAAUAUAGUCAACUUACUAUUUAUUCAAAAUCCUGUAUUAAGGGUUAUGAACCUGAUAAAACUUUAAUGAAGUUUCAGUAUAUCUAUCGCGACCCAAUCUUAAAUACUUAGAUUUUAUGCUAGCAAUACCAAAAGUGCUUUUAAUAUUUAGAACAACAAUAUACAAUUUAUUGCAGUUAAAAUGCAUAUGAUUAUGACUUGGAUUUUUCAAUUGACAAGAAUGCAUUUCGAUACAAGAAUAUGGCUUUAUCUCACUUAUUUUCAGAAACUCAUUUCUCUAUUGAAUCUGAGAAGCUUUUUGACGAGCUUAAUAAGAAAUCGAUCAAAUCAGCUAAAUAUGUUCUGAAUUUUAAAUACUAUAAUGAUGAGCCUUGUAUUAUCCCUCCUAAUGCAGUAAUCUUCUCAAAUCUUCGAAGAAAUGUCUUUACUCUUUAAUAUUUAGAAAUUGUUUUGAAUGGAGAUAUAAAAAAGAAGACCUUCAUUCAAGGUGCCCUUUAUCUCCAAGAUUUCACUAAGAUCACAAUCAAAAAUUUUUUAAUAAUCAAAUCAAGCAAAUAAAGCUCUAUUGAUAUCUCACAACUACUUAAUAGAGUUAGUUUGAAUUUAGAGGAUUUCAUAAUUUAGGAUUCAGAUAUUUAUAAAUUUUAAAUCUUAAUCUAAGAUCCUAAAAAUAUCUAUAUUAAUAAUUUUUCAAUUAUCAAUUCGAAAAUAUUUGAUACUAAAGGGAUCAUUGCCUAUUCAUUCACAAAAACAAUUACUGAUAGAUUUAAAUUCUAGGCAAAUAAUAUCACUCUUUAAAAUUCUUCAUUUUACAACACAUAAGUUAUCCUUCAAAUUUUGUAAGAUAAUUGUAACAAUCAACUUCAUGAAAUAACCUAGAUCAAAUCUUUUCAAAAUAAGUUUAUUUUAUCUUCAUUAUUUGAAACCUACUUUCCAUUAUCAAAGAGAGAAUCUAGCUUCAUAAUUAAAGGGUUUUCUGUAAAUCGAGAUACUUUAACAUAAUCUGGCUACGCAAUUUUAUAUGGUGCUCUUAAUGUACUACUUCAAGACUUUACUAUAGAAAAUAGUGUUAUUUAUGAAGGAACAAAAUUAUUUUAAUUGCCACUAUUUGUUAUUAAAAAUUUCUACUUCAUUGGCAAUAGACUUCAAGGCUAUGACAAUAGAGUAAUCACAAAUUUAAUAAAUAUUGUAUAUUCUGAUUUAGACUCUGUUUCUAAAAAUGUUUUAUCAUUUGAUAAUAUUGAAUUCUAGAAUAAUUAAUAUGUGAGUAGUAAGUGCUUCAUAGAAAUUAUUUAGAGUAGUAACUUUCGCUUUUUGGAAAUAAUAAUUACUAAUUUUUCAUUAAUUAAUAAUGAUAUGAUAUUGUAAAAAGCAUCAAAAUAGAGUGCAAUUACUUUAGAAAAUUCAACCAUUUAUUUAGACAUAACUCAACUUGAAAUGAAUAAUGUGUUGAUUAAGAGAAAUCUAAGUUUACCUGAAUUUACAAUAAAAAAUGUCAAGAAUGUUAUUAUUAAUUAAUUUACAGGACAAUUGAUUAAAUAAUUUAAAAUUCUUCAUCCUUCGAAAUCAUGUCUUUUUUCUGUAGAUGAAGCCAGACAAACAACUAUGUUAUUCUUUUUUAAUAUACUGAACUUAGAAAUGUCAAAUUUCAUUAUAUAGAAUCUCACAACUAUAAAUUUACCUUUGAUUUUAAUAAAAUCUAUUGAAAAAUAAAAUAAAAGACAAUAAGAAAAAAUUACUCUUUUAAAUUGCAAAUUCACUGAAAAUAUUCUUCUGAUAACUAAAACUUCAGAAUAAUUAGGAGUAUUAGCGAUAAUAUCCGAACAAGAAUAAACAAUAGUGUUUUCGAAUAUACAUUCAGAAAAUAAUAUUUAACACAGUUAUAUUGAAGACAUAUCCUUUAUUUCCUCUUCAACAAUUUUAUUAAUUACUCCAUACUCAACUGUUGAAAUGAGUAAUUCAAUAUUUUUAAAUAAUAUAGUUACAAAUGGAGAGAACUCUAAUCUUAUUUUGAUUGUUAAAUCGGUGUCAUUAAUUGAUUCUUAGUUUUUAAAUCAAAAUAACAUAGUGUUUUAGUCUUUUUCACAACAUUUAAAUUGGGGAUUCUCAUAUGAUGACUAGGUUUAAUUGGAAGAUUUGUAUGAAUCAUUUCCAAUAUAUUCUAAAGGAGGAGCGGGAUAUAUAAAAGGUUCAGAGAUCUUUUUGGAUAAUUUAUAUGUAAACAAUACUUAAGCAUUAUUCGGAGGAGGUUUUUAUCUGAUACCUCAAUCUUUGGGUUCAUUGAAGUUGAUGAAUUCUUAAUUUGUAAAUUGUAAUACUAUUACAAAAAAUUCAGAGAAGUCUUAAGGAGGCACUUUAUAUAUUGACUCUUCAUAAUCUUAGCUAGAUCUAUUAAUACAUAACAUUACGAUAACAAAUUCCUUUAGCAGAAAUGAAGGAGGAUGCAUUUAUAUUGAGCCUUCCAGAAUAAAAAGUUCUAUCAAAUUUUAAGAUUUUAGUAUUUAGAAUAUAUAUUCGUUGAUGACACCUUUCUUAAAAAUACCUGUAAGUUUUACAAGUUCUUCUUUACUACUUUUUAUUCAAUUUUCUAAUGUUUAAAUUACUAAUUCUUACAGUGGCUAUUUAAGAUAUUUAGAGGAAAUAGUAGAUCUCAAACCAAUUGAAGUAUAAAAUCAAAAAAAUAAUUAUUUAAUUUCAAUAGAUUAAGGAAAUGUUACAAUGCAAAAUUGUAUAUAUAGAAAUAUCUUUAAUUAUGGGUUUUUGAAUUGUCUUGGCUGUGAAUCAAUAAUAUUUACAAAUGUGGACAUUAAAAAUUUUACAAUGUUAUCAGAAGCAAUUAUUAACAUAAUACUGAAUAAAAGUAUUUAUUAUUAUUAUAAUCUCAUUAGAAUUUUCGAGUAAAAUUACAUUAAACGAAGUAUCUGUAGAAAAAGUAAUAGAAUUUCAUGGGUUCGUGGAAAUUCCGAAAGAGAAAUUAGAAGUUCUGUUGAAUUCUGUAUAUAAAUGUAGUUAAAAUUUGGAGAUUCCAGAGAAUAUAGACGUUUUUUAUACUAUAUAGAGAAAAGAAAUAAUCUCACUCAAUAAUUUUUACAGAAUAAUUAAUGGAAGAUAAUAAUUAAUUACAAUUUUUAAUAUAGAUUAAGUGUCUAUGUUACAUUAUCUAUUGUUUUAAACAUUUAAAAUGGAGUAAAAUUAUUGUUCAGGUUGCUAAAGUAGCAUCUUUCAAAUUACAAAUAUUGAUAAAUCUGAUUCAAUAAAUUUGAUUUAUAUCGCAGAUUCAACAUUCAAAAAUAAUACUUGCGGAUAAUUUGGUUGUGUUGUCAUGUCAUCUUUGGAUUCAAAAUCUAUUCAAAUAUAGAAUAAAAAUAGAAUUUUAUAAUCUGAUUAGAUUAUUGGUAAUAUCAAUACAGAAGUAAUAAUUUUAAACAGUGUUUUCAUUGAGAAUAAAGCAACAUAUGGAGGAGCGUUGCUGAUAUCCAAAAUUAAUACAUUAAUCAAUAAUUGUAUUUUUAACUAAAAUACUGCAAUAUAGUCUGGAGGGGCCAUCUUCUAUUAACAUUAUGAUGGUUCAAAAUUGCAUUUAUAUAAUUCUUUAAUAACACACAAUAGCGCCAAUGUUGGAGGAGGAUUAUACUUGGGAAAGUAUUAACUGAACGAUCCUAAGAUCUUGAACAAUUAUUUAAGAAAUAACAAAGCUUAGAAAUUUGGAGAUAAUUUGGUUGAAAAUCCCUCUUAAUUGACUAUCUAGAUAGAACAUUAAUUACUUUGGACAAAAAGAAUAAUUAACAAUAAUUAAUAAGUUUUAGACUAAAUUAUCUUUAAUAACUACACCAUAGGUCCAAAUACUUACAAUUAUAUUAUGGUUCCUAGUGGGCAAAUAGUGUCAGCUUAUAAAUUUUAUGAUGAAAUUACUUAAAGUUUUAUCAACUACAAUUUUAGCUUAAGGAUCAUCCCUUUGAACAAAUAAUAUGAUAGAAUCAAAAACUUGACUGGAUCUUAGUGUCUUAUAAGAAGUCGUUAAAUCAUUGAUUCAAAAUCAGGAGAAUAUAAUUCAAGCCUAAUAAAUUUGAAGAGUGUCCUUUUCAAUGAAACUUCAUAAGAUUACAAUUUAGAUUCCCUUAUUGUGUAUUUCAAUCCAGAUUUGAAUCUUAACGGAUAUUUGCAAUUAGAAAUAUCAUGCAAUUCAGUAUCAAUUGGCUUGUACUCUCAAGAUCCUCCAUAUUACUUAACUUCUUUUCAAACUAAUUAUUCUCUAAUAUUUGAUAUGUAAACAUUCCCAUGCUAAAGAGGAGAGUAUAAAAAACAUGAUGGCACUUGUGUUUUAUGUGAUGCUCAAUUUGAUUAGUAUAAUAUUUAGGCAGGCGAGUAAUGCUAAAUAAAGAACCAAUUAAUAAUGGAUGAAGUGAAUGCAGCAAGAGUCAAAUUGAAACCAUUUUAUUGGAGACCAUAUGAAUACAGUCAUACUAUUGAGUACUGUUAAAAUUUGCCAGAGAAUUGUAUAGGUGGUUGGAAUCCAGGAAAUGAUUUGUGCAUUAGUGCCCACAUUGGAGCACUUUGUGAAUAGUGUGAUAUUUAUGAUAUUAGAGGAAAUGGCAAAUAUUCUUUAAGUUCUUUAUACAAAUGUGGAAGUUGUGAAAAUAUAGGUGAUAAUACAAUUAAAAUUGUGCUUAUGAGUUUUUGGACUAUGAUCUCUAUUUUAAUUUCAGUCAAAGGAACUGUUGAUGCUGCAAAUAAAAUAGACUUUGAAAAUAAACUAUCCAAAUUGAAGAUCUUUGCUAAAAAUCCAAAGGUAGGGUUUGGUGGAGUAUUAAUUAAAGUGUUGACCAAUUACCUUCAAAUUGUUGGAGCCAUAUCAACAUUUUAAUUGUAAUUGCCAAGUGUAAUUUAGUCUAGCAUUCGUUCUGUUAGCAAUCCUGUAGAAUCAAUGAGUUUCUCAUUGGAUUGCUUCUUAAUUAGUAUAUCAAAUAUUGAUAUCAUUUACUUUAGAAUGAUAUGGGCUCUAAUUAUGCCCAUUUUAUAUAUUAUCAGCUUUUUACUGUUAUACACUAUAUGGAUUUUGAUUAGUCCAACUAAAGCUAAUAAGAGUGCCAUAACAACAAGCGCUAUAUAUUUAUUUACAUAUUUAUAGCCUACUCUAUUAGGAGGGUUUAUUUCAUUAUUGUCUUUUAGGAAAAUCUCAGAUAUUUAUUGGAUUCAAGGAAAUGUUGCUUAUAGAUAUGAUACUCAAUCCCAUUUUAAUUGGAUGAUAACUUUUAUAUUGCCUUCAACUCUUUGUCUCGCUUUAGUGAUUCCGAUUUAUAUGUUUUUAAGUCUGUAUUAAAAGAGAAAUAAAUUGACAGAUAGUGAGACUAGAAAGAUCUGGGGUUAUUUGUAUAAUGAAUAUUCUCAAUAGGCUUACUUUUGGGAGAUUGUCAAAAUUCUUGAAAAAGGAUUCAUGAUUGUUUUUUUGACCUUUUAUGAAGAUUUAAUUAUCAUUAAAGCAGCCAUGAUCUUUAUUAUAACAUUCAUCUAUUCAAUAUUGACUAAGAAAUUCAGGCCUUACAAAUUAUCAUAUCUAAAUAUCAUUGAUGAAAUCAGCACACUUGUUUGUGAAACUUCAAUUGUUCUUGGUAUGACCUUAUACUCAGCUUCAUCUUCUGAUAAUCAAGAAAUAAUCUGGCCUUUCUAUAUAAUUUUGGUUAGCAUCAAUAUUACCUUUAUAAUGAUCAUUCUUUGGGAAAUCGUACUUGCUUAUUUGGAAGAUUAAUAAGAGAAUAUUGAUAAGAUUAGGGAAAAAAUAAAUAAAAAGUUUCCAACAUUAUAGCAAAAGAAUUGGCUCUUUAGUAGAUUACUUACUAACAGGGGAGAACAAUAAUAAAGAGUAAGAGAUCGAUUUUAAAAGAUUAGAUAAUAUCUGAUGAAAAUAGUAAGGGCUAAUCCUGGUAGAUAUAAUAUUCCAAGUAUUUAGUAAUGUAAUAAUAAACCUAUUGAAUAAAAUCAAGAUGAGAAUAUUAUUUAAUUUGUAGCAUAUUUAAACUUGCCAUUUGAUUCAAAUAAAAGAGAAACCUAAAAUAAUAUUGAUUAAAUAAGUAAAACGAAAGUCUAUCCCGAGUUUCUAGAUAUUGUCAGAAUUGAUUAGCUAUAAUAGUAGGAUUAAUAAAAUAGUGAUAAUUAAUGA